CACCAGCUUAUUUUCAAUCUCAGUGACCCCGCGCUGAUUUCUUUUGCAGUGGCUCAGACAUGUCCAAGGACGACGACUAUGAUUACCUCUUCAAGGUUGUGCUCAUUGGCGACUCCGGAGUUGGCAAGUCCAACCUUCUUUCCAGGUUCACACGCGACGAGUUCAAUUUGGAGUCCAAAUCCACUAUUGGAGUGGAAUUUGCCACCAAAAGCAUCACAACCAAUGGAAAGGUGAUCAAGGCGCAGAUUUGGGACACUGCUGGGCAGGAGCGUUACAGGGCCAUCACCAGUGCGUACUAUAGAGGUGCAGUUGGAGCUUUGUUGGUGUACGACAUUUCAAAGAGGGUCACUUUCGAGAACCUCGAGCGUUGGCUGCAGGAGCUGCGGGAUCAUGCGGAUCCUAACAUUGUCAUCAUGCUCGUGGGCAACAAAGGGGACCUUCGACACUUGAGGGCAGUUGGGCAGGAUGAGGCGUUGGCUUUUGCAGAGAAGCAUGGUCUUGCGUGCAUCGAGACUUCUGCCUUGGAAGCUACGAACGUGGAGACUGCCUUCAUGAGGCUUCUCUCCGAGAUCUAUACCCUGAUGAGCUCCCGGCAGAUCACAGAUGCUGACUCCUUCCGGAAUGCUCAAACUGCGAUUCAGGUGGAGGCAGUGCAAGCAACUCCAAGCCGUGGCGGCUGCUGCAACUGAAUGGCGGCCGGUGUCACCCGUUGUUGCAAUAAUGUGAGAAGGCGCAUGUGCAGUUGUGCUGACAGCAGCAAUGAUUCACAGAGGGGCAACGUAAAG